UAACCAACUUAACUGUCAUCAAACCUCCUCUUCCCAUCUUCCUAUCCUAUAUAUAUAAUUAUAAGAACAACCCCAGAUGUACUAUGCAAAUACUCAGUGAUCAGAUUCGCCAAACAAUGGCUUCUGCUCUUCCUUUCUUCUUUUUCCCUCUUCUCUUCAUGAUCAUUUCCGUGGCUAGUCUCUCCGUGUCUUCUUAUCAGUUUCAAGUCGGUGGCCAUAGAGGCUGGAUCGAGCCCACCAUAAACGAGAGCGACAUUUACAAUGAAUGGGCUACUAAAAACCGAUUCCAUGUCGGGGAUUCCAUUUAUUUCAAGUACCAGGAGGACUCGGUGCUUGAAGUGAGCAAGGGAGACUAUGAGAGCUGCAUCACGACAAACCCAAUCUCCAAGUUUGAAGAUGGGAACACGACUUUUCGAUUCGACAGGUACGGGUUUUUCUACUUCAUCAGUGGGGAGCCUGGCCACUGCCAAUCCGGGCAGAAACUGAUUGUACGAGUAAUGGUGCAAUCUGAAGUCCACGCCCCGGAAUCAGCAGCUUCACCAGAUGCAGAGGGGGCAAGCAGCAGUACAGGAUCAGAAGGUGGCCAUGGAUGGAUGUCUGACAACUGGGGGCCGCCCUCCAUGAACCUGAAUUCUACCACCAAGCUUUCGCUUGCAUCCUAUUUCAUGACUGCUCUUGGAGGGGUUCUGGUCAUUCUUUAUCUGUUCAUGUAGGAAGUAGAAUGAGAGUUGUGGUACUUCUUUCUUUCAUUUUGUUAGGUGGAUGGUAUGGGUGUUUAAUUUGUGGUCUAUUUAGUCGUAUUGCAAUUGAUUGAUAUUGUAUGGCUGUUGUUAUUAUUAUUAUUAUUAUUCAUUUUGGUUGCUUCUAA